AUGGCGGCUUUCCAAUUGUGGAGGGACUAUUUCCAGCUGGCGCGCGUGGUGCAAGAGAUGCGCUGGCGGAGCGCGAGGAGCAGCUGGCCGGGGGCUUUCGCGGACCAGGCGCCGCCGCUGCAGCGCAAGGAGGCGCCCCCUGCCGGGGUCAGCAGGCCGGCGCGCCACUGCGCCUUCUGCAAGCACAACGGCGAGUCGAGGGCCAUCUACGCGUCGCACGCGCUGAAGGACUCAGCCGGGAGGGUGCAGUGCCCGAUCCUGAGAAGUUACACUUGCCCUCAGUGCGGGGCAUCUCAGGAUCGGGCGCACACGAGGAAGUUCUGCCCUUUAACCAACAAGGGCUACACGUCCGUCUACAGCUGCAUCCGGAAUUCGGCCGGGAAGAAGGCAAGCCACUUCAAAACGAAGCCAGCCUAUCCUAAAACUUAAAAAAUAAAAAGGUGGGAAGGGGAAUAUUAUUCUCUCUCUCUCUCGUUUUCUCUUUCAGCAGCAAAGGUUCCAACCUGGUGGUACCGUAAGUAUUCUUCCUCUUUCUAUCCCCACCACCCCAGGCCGCCUGUUUGUUAAGCGCAUCUGAAAAGCAAACUCUGAAAUCCCACUACCUUGUCUGGGUGUUUAGGAGAAGGCCGGCCCCCUGGGGUCGGGGAAGGAAAAGGAGGCGGAUGGAGAGUUGGAAGGUGGGAGUUUAGUUCUGUGGGCAUCAUUGUCACCGUUUUGUAUCCUAGUAACUUUUACUCAAAGUAAACCCAUUGAAAUGAACAGGGCUAAGUUUGUGAUCUUUAGUGGGUCUGAGUAAGACUAAGGUGGAUUCAAUGUAUAAAGAAUAACUACUACUACUACUACUACUAUUAUUAUUAUUCGUCCUCCAAGAGUGAUUGAGCGACAUUCCGCUGCCGAAUGAGUUACUUUUCAUCCUAGCUCACACCUCCUGUAUGUGUGUGUGUGUGUGCGCCUGGCAGUUUAUUAUUAUUAUAUUUACUCCCAUUUAUAUUCGCCUACUUUCUUCCAAGGAGCUUGAUAGCGUACAGUUCUCCCUUUACUCAUUUCAUCCCCACAACAACCCUAUGAGGUAGGUUAGGCAGAGAGAGGAAGGGCUCGUGAUUACCCAGUGAGCUUCAUGGCCCAGAGGGGAUUUGAACCUUCCUUCCCUGCCCCUUGGAAAGGGGGGGGGGAGGAGGAAGAGUGCUCAGAUUGUGUGUGUGUGUGUCUGUCUGUCUGGGAGGAAGGUGUUUGUGUAUGUGUGACUGAGGCAGAAACAUAUUCACCAGAUGGGAGGAAGGUUUACUGAGCAUUCGUAGCAUGCUGGUAAAUGCCCAAUUGCUCUUUCUUCACUCCUAGUGCAAGCAGGACAAGAAAAGGGUUGGUUUUGUGUUACUUCUGAACUAGGAACUGUGGCUUGUUUCUCUCUUGCAAGCCACAGCAACCUGCCACCCUGAAGUGGUUUUCAAACCUGGAGGUUCCUGGGUUAAAAUGAGUAAAAAAUGUAAAUAAGCAGCCAUUGCCUGCCACUGCUACUCUUACAGCAAGGGUAGCCAGUGUGAAGCUAUGCAAGUGUUGUUGGAAUACAGUUCCCCUCAUCCCUCACCACUGGCCAUGCUCCUAGGGUAUGUCUGCUCUCCAGUAUUUAGCCUCAAAGGACUUGGGGUGGGGUAUUUCUACAAUUACAGCUGAAUACAAAUUAGAAAAAAAAUGCAUAGAUUUCUGGUGAGGAAAAUGUGAUUGGGAUUGUGUGCAUUUUAUCAUCUCUUUCAGGUACAUUUGCAGCUGUACCAGAGCUAGCACUUUUCUUGAAGUCAAGGGAAACUUUGGAUCUAAUACACCCCAAGUGGUUGGUCUGCAGGAAUCAACUAAAAUAUUCAGACCUGGAGAGAAAAAGGAGAGAGGGAAAGAUAGUCCAGGAUGGCAACAUUUACUUCAGGUGGCACUGGUACAUCACACCAAGGGCCUGGAAAUGAAUUCUCUCAGUACUAUCACAAUCAACUGACUCGCUAUUCUUGUUUUUUAAUCCAGCUACUCUUCCUGCUUGAAUUAUUUCACAUUCACGUUAUUACAGAUGUCUGACUCAGUGUGAAGAGUGUCCACUUGAGACAAAUGUUACCUAAUUUCCCAAAUUACCAGUCUGAAGUCUCCCAAUGUUUGUAUUUGUUUAAAGUUUUGUUUAAAUGCAUGCUUGUUUUUCAAGUGAUAUUUGUUGGCCAGGUUUUCUUUGGUUCUUAAGACGUAUG